GCAACAAACUCCAAGACAGAUCUCUUUCCCAUCUCUUCUGCGCUCUCGCUAUCCACCGCCGCCGCAAUGGAGAUGAGGAAGAUUGCCUGCGCCGUCCUAGUCGCCGCCGCCUCGGCCACCGCGGCCUUGGCCGCUGAUGCCCCAGCACCCAGCCCUGCCACCAGCGCCGCCUCUGAGGUGAUCACUCCUGCCAUUGGCACCAUGAUCGGGGCCUCCGUCCUCUCCUUCUUCACCUUUUACUUGCAGUAGUAGGUCUUGCAGCGAGAGAGAAAGAGCAAAACUGCAAAAGCCAUCCAUGUGCAACGAUAAGGAAAUAACAAUUCCCGU